UUUAUGGUUUAUGUUUCCGGUUUUUAGUUGCGUUUGGGAUUUUGAAUUAAAACUAAAUUGUUGGAGUAGUCUAGCAGAAUGCAGAGGAAAAAAGUGGACAACCGUAUUAGAGUCCUGAUAGAAAAUGGAGUUGUGGAACGACAUCGGACCAUGUUUGUUGUGGUGGGAGACCAUGGGAAAGACCAGGUUGUUAUACUCCAUCAUAUGCUGUCCAAAGCCGCUGUAAAGGCCAGACCUUCUGUCUUGUGGUGUUACAAGAAAGAGCUUGGGUUUAGCAGUCAUAGGAAGAAGCGAAUGCGAAAGAUUCAGAAGAAGAUUAAAAGUGGUACUUUAGACCUGAAGCAGGAUGAUCCAUUUGAACUCUUCAUUGCAGCAACAAACAUCCGUUACUGUUACUAUAAUGAAACUCACAAAAUUCUGGGCAACACCUAUGGCAUGUGUGUGCUACAGGAUUUUGAAGCCCUGACACCAAACUUGUUGGCAAGGACCAUUGAGACAGUUGAAGGGGGAGGAGCAAUAAUAAUAUUGCUCCGUACUAUGCAUUCUCUCAAACAGCUGUACACAAUGAUCAUGGAUGUACAUUCCCGCUACAGGACAGAAGCUCAUCAGGAUGUAGUGGGUAGAUUUAAUGAAAGGUUUAUUCUUUCUCUUGCUUCUUGCAAGAACUGCAUUGUGCUUGAUGAUCAGUUGAACAUCCUUCCCAUUUCUAGCCACAUUGCAAAUAUUGUACCUAUACCACCGAAGUCCCAGGAAGAUGGCCUUUCUACUAGAGAUAUUGAACUGAGAGAACUGAAGGAAUCGUUGCAAGACACUCAACCAGUUGGUGUCCUUGUGGACUGUUGCAAGACAGUGGAUCAGGUUAAAGCAGUAUUGAAAUUUAUUGAAGCCGUUUCAGAGAAGACACUUAGAAGUACUGUGGCCCUGACAGCUGCUAGAGGACGUGGCAAAUCUGCUGCAAUGGGAUUGGCAAUUGCAGGAGCAGUCGCUUUUGGGUAUUCUAAUAUCUUUGUCACAUCUCCUAGUCCAGAUAAUCUUCAUACCCUCUUUGAGUUUGUCUUUAAAGGAUUUGAUGCCAUGCAUUAUCAGGAGCACUUAGAUUAUGAAAUCAUCCAGUCAUUGAAUCCCGAAUUUGCAAAAGCAGUUGUUAGAGUGAAUAUAUUUAAGGAACAUAGACAGACUAUUCAGUAUAUUCAUCCUGCAGACUCCAUGAAGCUGGGCCAGGCAGAACUUGUGGUGAUUGAUGAAGCUGCUGCUAUUCCUCUCCCUCUGGUUAAGAAUUUGCUGGGGCCAUAUCUUGUGUUCAUGGCAUCCACUAUUAAUGGUUAUGAGGGUACUGGACGGUCACUUUCCCUGAAAUUGAUUCAGCAGCUGAGGCAGCAGAGUGCUCAGAGCCAAGUUAACAUGACAGCAGAGAACAAAGCUACAUCAAUUGCUAAACUUACCUCAGUUCGCACCUUGCAUGAAGUUUCACUCCAAGAAUCCAUCAGAUAUGCUCAAGGAGAUAGUGUUGAGAAGUGGCUUAAUGACCUUCUGUGUUUAGAUUGCCUGAACAUUCCCAGGAUAUUGUCUGGUUGCCCGCUGCCUGAAAGUUGUGACCUAUAUUUUGUCAACCGUGACACACUGUUUUGUUAUCAUAAGGCAUCUGAAGCAUUUCUGCAAAAAAUGAUGGCACUGUAUGUUGCAUCUCACUAUAAGAAUUCUCCAAAUGAUCUUCAGAUGCUGUCUGAUGCUCCAGCUCAUCAGCUUUUCUGUCUUCUUCCCCCUGUUUCUCCAACCCAGAAUUCAUUGCCAGAAGUUCUUGCAGUUAUUCAGGUAUGCUUAGAGGGUGAGAUUUCACGACAGUCUAUCCUGAGCAGUCUUUCUCGAGGGAAGAAGGCUUCAGGUGAUCUAAUUCCUUGGACAGUUUCUGAGCAGUUUCAAGAUCCCGACUUUGGAAGCUUAUCUGGUGGUCGAAUAGUACGGAUUGCAGUGCAUCCAGAUUAUCAAGGGAUGGGCUAUGGUAGCAGAGCUCUGCAGCUCUUACAGAUGUACUAUGAAGGAAAAUGUCCUUGUCUGGAAGAAAAAAUUACUCAGAAGUCUAAAGAAAUAUCCACUGUCAGCAGUGAGGCAGUCAGUUUACUAGAAGAAGUUGUGUCACCACGGAGAGACUUGCCUCCACUUUUGCUCAAAUUGUCUGAGAAACCUGCUGAGAGACUCGACUACCUUGGAGUUUCAUAUGGCUUAACACCACAGCUACUUAAAUUUUGGAAGCGAGCAGGAUACGUUCCUGUCUAUCUAAGGCAAACUCCAAAUGAUUUGACUGGGGAACACUCGUGUGUUAUGCUGAAGAUGCUUAGAGUGGAAGAAGGUGAUUCACACACUGAAGAAAGCAACUGGCUGUCUGCAUUCUGGACUGAUUUCAGACGACGGUUUAUUUCCUUGCUUGCCUACCAGUUCAACAGUUUCUCUCCUACGCUGGCAUUAAACAUUCUCCAGAACAAAAAUGUAACUCAGGAAUCACAACCUUCACUUGCCCGUUCUGAGAUAGAGGCUCUAUUUUCUCCUUAUGACCUGAAGCGAUUAGAGAUGUAUUCUCAAAACAUGGUUGACUACCAUUUGAUCAUGGAUAUGAUUCCCAUGAUUUCAAGGAUGUAUUUUCUGAAGCGGUUUGGUAACAUCAAUUUGUCUGCAGCACAAUCUGCUAUACUGCUGGGCAUUGGCUUACAACAUAAAUCUGUGGAACAGCUAGAGAAAGAAAUUAAGCUGCCGGUUGGCCAGUUGAUGGGCUUGUUCAACAGAAUCAUCCGCAAAGUUGUCCAACUCUUAAAUUCUGUCCAGGAAAAAGCUGUAGAGCAGCAGAUGGUGGCAACAAAGGAAGUUUUGAUGGAACCUACAGUGAAGUCACUUAAUGAAGAUUUGGAAGAAGCAGCUAAGGAGUUUAAGGAACGACAGAAGAAGGAUAUUGAGAAACUAAAGGAAAUGAACCUCACAGAGUACAUGAUCCGAGGUGAUGAUGAAGAAUGGAAUGAAGUACUAAAGAAAGCAGGGCAAAAUACAACAAUGGUCAGCAUUAAGAGUGAUAAGAAAAGAAAGCUAGACACCCUGGGUGCUGAAAGUACUCACAGACAGAAGAAAAUGAAGAAUAAAGAUAAAGAAAAGAAGUGGAAGAAAAGAGAAUGAAAAUGUGUGCAGUCAUUAUUUGUGGAACUUGUAUUUAUCAGAUACUUUUAUUUUUUGAAAGACUAACAGGAUUUAUUUUAUGUGUUGAAAGGAAUUUUUAUUGCAACUGAAGAACAACCUGUAUUUUAACAUGAAAACUAGCUGUGAAAAAGUACAUGGUGGUGGGACUGUCCAAAACAAGUGUACAGUCAGAAAUGCGGUGACUAUGUACAGCUACCAUCCUAUAUUAAGAGAUUUAAUCUUCAUAUCUAUGUAUAUAUAUAUAUAUAUAUAUAUAUAUAUAUAUAUAUAUAUAUAUAUAUAUAUAUAUAUAUAUUCUUUUUUUUUAAUUUUGUUAUAAAGUUUUGUAUACUUGAUCUUAUUUUGAGGCUGCUUUUGCAACUGUUAUAUAAUUUUAUCACUUAAGGUCUGCAACUUUAUUUUUCCAGUAGAUUUUCUAGGAACAUAUCCUGAGUAAUAGUGUCCAUUACUUGUCCAUAAUGUGAGAUCCUACACAUGCCCACCAUUUCUUUCUCACCACCAGAAUACAGCUUUAAGAAACCAAAUUUACUUGUCAGACUGCAUGCUGUCAUUGUCAUUCUCACAAGGCAAAGUAAAAUAAAUGGUUAUUGUGAUCUCCAGGUCCCAUGGAGGCGCA